UCUCUCUCUCUUCUCAGCCUUUAAUCGCUUUGGACGUUGACUCCAUUGCCUCGAUAAGAUCAUUUAGACCAGAAGUCUGAGCAAGAAUCGGAAGGUGAACAUCAACUACAAGAUCAUGUCGUCGGAGAAGAGGGAGGAGAGGAUAAUGCAUAUAGAUCUCUCCUUGGAGCCAGCAGAAGAUGAGGAAAGAACACUAGAAGUAGGUCGUGAAGAUGGUGAUCAACAACAAGUAGGAAAGGAGGAAGAGGAAGGUGAAGACAAGCAGGAAAGUAGCAAUCAUGAGGAGGACCAGGAGGAGGAGAAAGAUCAAAGUCAUGAGAAGCCCAUGAAGGAUGAGUUGUGCAUGUUGCAAGCUGAGAUGAACCGAAUGAAGGAAGAGAACAAGCUGUUAAGAAAUGUCAUCGAUCGCACCUGGAAAGACUACCAUGAGUUGCAGAUGCAAUUUGCAGGCAUGCAGCAACAGGAUCGACAUCCAAAAGAGCGUCAAGUUUCGAAUUCGCUUGGCGAAGAGAGGUUGCUAGAGCGGAAGAAGCCCGGUGAGAGCAAAGAGAUCAAGGAACAACCAUCGAUGGUGGCUGAUGACAAGGAGUUGGGCUUAUCUUUGAGCCUGCAAACGUAUUCAGAUCCACACGAAAGAGAAGAUGCAAGCUUUGAGGAGAAAGGUAAGUGCCUGAGAAGCUGUCAACCACUCGAUGCCAAGCUCCAAACUGGCCAAUUGUCCAUGACAACGAGUCAAAGCAUCAACCCAGCAAACAGAAAGACUAGGGUCUCAGUGAGAGCAAGAUGCCAAGGCCCUACCAUGAAUGAUGGAUGCCAAUGGAGAAAAUACGGGCAAAAGGUGGCAAAAGGGAACCCAUGCCCGCGAGCCUAUUAUCGAUGCACCGUGGCACCAGGAUGCCCAGUUCGAAAGCAGGUGCAGCGAUGCCUCGAGGACAUGUCGAUACUUGUCACCACCUACGAAGGGACGCACAACCAUCCUCUACCAGUCGGAGCAACUGCGCUAGCCUCCACAGCAACAGCAGCAUCUAAUUUCACGUUGUUGAACGAGACAAAUUCCUCAUCUUCUAUUUCUAGCCAUCCGCCAUUAUCGUACUUGAGCCCUUUCCUAGCAAGUCCUUCUCCACAUCUACCGACCACGAAUAGCUUCGCCAGCUUCUUCGGUGCAGCAAGCAGCAAUGGCCAUGGACAACAGCAACUUGGUCUCUUGGGACCGAUGUAUCCAUGGGCUGUAUCCUCCUCGAAUCCCGCCAUUGUCAGUGGAAGUUCUUGGCUAUCAAGUAAGGGGGUCUGGAACAGUGAGGACGGGAAGUAUUCAGCAGAAAAAUCUAGUGCUACUGCUGCAGACCCAAAGCUCACCGUCACAGUUGCAGCAGCCAUUAGCGGAGCGACGUUGGCUGGGAAGGACGGGGAGAGCAGCAGCAGAGUUAGCAACCAUUGGGUGCUCGAGUCUGCCUCCCCGCACUAAGCGUAGCAAUAAAGGAAGGUUUAUAACCUUACUGCGGCAUUGAUUCUUGCUUCAUGUCGAGGCUUACAUGAUUGCCUUGUCGUUGUUCACUGCUCGUCAAACUCUUUUUAGUGAUACGAAAGAUACUAACUAGAUUUGGUUGCUCAGUCA